AAAAAAAAAAAAAAAAAAAAAAAAGCAAAACCUAGCUAGCUACAAAAACCUAUAUAGCCAUGGCCGCAGUAGCUCCCAGCAGGAAGAAACAACCUACGACGACGUUUGUUCUAAAGGUGAGCAUCCACUGCGACGGCUGCGCACGUGACAUCAAGAAGAAUGUGGAGAAAAUGGAGGGAGUGGACACCGUUAAAGUAAACUCAGAGCAGCAAACGGCGGUGAUCACCGGAACCCUACACCCCGACAAAGUCAUAGCCAUGCUUUACAAAAAAUUCAAGAAAAAAGCAGAGCUUCUGCCCAACAAACCCGCGAUAAAACCUCCUCAGCCGUCGCAGGUGGUCGUUCCCAGGAACCCCGGAAAAGUUUGUUCUCAGGUUGGGCAAUCAUGGGGUGCCAAUAAUCUGCUGGGUGAUCCGUACAAGGCGGCGCAGUUCGUUAGAGAGGUGAGUAGGAUUCCUGGGCUCUCAGGUGUGAAGUUUACUAAUCUGAUUAGUAAUCAGGGCGUCGCUAAUGCCAUGGAGCUCAAAUUCACUCCCACCAACAAACAAACUAAUAAAUAUUGAUGUGUCUUUGAAAGGUUUGAAGGUUUAGUCUACAGUGUACGAGAAAUAAUGUCAGUUUAACUUGCAUGCAUACCUAGUACUAGAUAAAUUAAUGUACUGUGUGUCUGUGUCAGCUUUAAUUUCAGGUUAUGUAUGAUUUGUUUCAUAAUAUAUUGUCUUAUGUCAGUUAUGUGUACUGUGAAUUUAAAUAAAUACCAAAGUGCAUCUUUUAGUUUA